GGGGCAAAAGGUUUCAGAGCAGGGAGAGGGGGGAGAGGUUUUUAUUGUGAACAGAAGAAGAAGGUCGAGGGACAGGAGGAGAAUCUGAGACAAAUAAACAGAAGAAGAAGAAGUUGUGCUGCUGCAGGUGGAGGUUGGAGCUGCUGGAGGCUGGAAGACUCUGACAUAGACCAAGAGGACGGCCAUGUUUUCAACCAAACCAGAGAUCAAGCUGUGAAACACAAGAGGAGGUCGCCCCCCUCGACCAGGUCCCCCUCCGCCCCGCAACGUAACCCCCACCACAGCAGUGCUGCUGACGAGGAGGAGAGCCCCGAGAGAGUGGAGCAGAAGGAGAAACUCCAUGCGGAGCUGAAGCAGGUGUUGAGUCAGAAAAGAAGUCAUCUGAGAGAAUCAGCCUGCCAGCUGGCACAACCAGAGAUGGAUUCAGAGCCAGCAGAGGAACAGACAACUGGGGAGAAAAUCUCCAAGCCGGUGGAAAUCAUGGUGGAGACAGAUGCAGGGGUUGGCGCCAGCGGCUACAGCGUGACGGGCGGAGGAGAGCGGGGGAUCUUUGUUAAAGACGUCCUCAAAGACUCUCUGGCUGCCAAACACCUGAGUCUGCAACAAGGUGAUCAGCUGCUGAGCGCUAAAGUCUACUUUGACAAUGUGAAGUAUGAAGACGCGCUCAGGAUCCUUCAGAGCGCAGAGCCCUAUAAGGUCAGCUUCCAGCUGAAGAGGACCAUCCCUAAAGCUGAGGCCAGCGUGCGACCAAGAGCUCCAAGUGUGGAGGUCAAAACUCCUAAAGUCAAGAUGGCCAAAAUGAGUGUGAAGGGCACCAAGCCUUUCAAGGCCCUAAAGAAAAGAGGUGGUCGUUUUGGUCUGAAGAGGUUGAAGGAGAAGCACAGAGAGGAGGUGGUAAUCGAAGGAACUCCUCCACGACUGGAAACGGGUGAUGUGGACGUGGAGUUCUCACUUCCAAAAGUCAAACAGAGGAAGAGUGGGAAGUUUGAUGAACAAGACAUCCGAGGAUCAGUAACCGUGGGGAAACCAAAAAGGAAAAUCAGGUUUCCUCACAUGAAAGUCAAGAAAUACACCAGAUCAGAGACAGAAGGAAAAGUGGAAACAGGACAGCUUGAGGGACACAUAAACGUCCCUGCAUCUGAAAUACCUGGAGCUAAAGUGAAAACCAAAGGGAAAGGACACAAGUUUGGGAUAACGUUUCCUAAAACCAAGCACAUAAAAUCAGAUUCUUCUUUGGAACGAGGAUCUGUGGAGCUGAAGCCUCCAGAUGUGAGCCUCCAGCCACCACCAGUGGAGUUUAGUUUGUCAGAGUCUAAAGACAAGGAUGUGGACAAGAGAGGGUCAAAGUUUAAUCCCCCGGAUGUAGAGUUUGCACUCCCUUUAGGAAAACCUGAGGUGUCUUUGCCAAAAGCGAAGGGAUCUGCAGGAAUUAAAGCUCCCAAAGUUGAAGUUAAAGGAGAAGUUGAUGCACCAGAAGGUAGGAUUAAUGUGGACAGCGACACAGGAGACACAAAACUCAAAAUGCCAAAGUUGAAACUUCCUAAAGUUCGACUCUCACGUCAUUCGGAUGAGAUUGAUGGAGAAAUGAAGGUGAAGGCUGAGGGGAAGAAAAUACCUCAUGCUGGCGUAAAAACAAAAGGAGAUGGUGAGGUUAGGCUUUCUGGAACAAAACUCACCACAACAGAAGUGAAAGGUGAAGGUUGUUCUUUCGAACUUCCCUCAGUUGUUUCUUUGCCAAAAGUUAAGUUUGAAACUGAUGGCUCACUCCAAGAUCAUCCAGGAGCAGUGAAGACAGCAAAAAUGCCUGCCAUCGAAAUCUCUGUACCAAAGGUGGAUUUGGAAUUUGAUACACGACAAAGAAUUCCAGAUGAAGUGGAGGGCACCGUUAAAGGAGCUAAAAUUUCCAUGCCAAAGGUUGAUAUCGCUUUACCAAAAAUGGGGUCUCCUGAUGUGAAUAUUGAAGGGCCAGAUGGUGAAGGAAAGUUUAGUCCACCUUCCCUUGACAUCUCUGUCCCAAAGGUGAAAUCAGACGUCGAUAUGGAUUAUUACGUUGGUGGAGAUGGAAAGUUCAAAAUGCCCGAAUUUGACGUAACUCUCCCAAAACUAAAGCCAUCAGAGCAGGAAGUGGAAGGGAGUUUUAAGUUACCCAAAGUAGACUUAACUCUUCCCAAAGUAGAUAUUAAAGGACCUGGAAUCAAAGAAGGAGCUAAAUUUAACAUGCCUGCAGCUGAACUGUGUCUUCCAGAAGGAAAAGCAGAGAGUAAGGAAGAGAUAGAAGGAAAAGGAAGCAAGUUAAAGAUGGCUUCGGUUGAUGUUUCUCUCCCUAAAUUUAAAUCAAAGCAAACAGACAUCAGUAUCGAAGAGCCAGAAUUUAAAAGCAGUGAUUUAAAAGCACCAGCUAUUGACAUUUCACUUCCUCAAGGCACAUUUGAAGGAAAUGUUGCUUUUAGUAGUGAGGGUGAAUUCAAGCUGCCAUCUAUAGAUAUGAGCCACCCUGGAGUUAAAUUCUCAGAAGGAGAUGCAAAUAUUCAAGGUCCAAAAGUCAAAAGUGGAAAGUUUGAAAUGCCCAACAUUAAUGUCUCACUUCCAAAAGGAAAAGAACACAGAAAUAUUGACAUUAACAUUCACUCGGGAACAGAUGGGAACAUUGACCUGCCCUAUUGUGAUAUUGGAGGUCCUGAAGGAAAAACAGGAAAAUUCAAAUUGCCCAAAGUUGAUAUCACUCUUCCAAAACUGCCAGAGGGGGAAGUCAAAGUUGAAAGACCAGAAGUGGAAGUACCAACUGUUGAUAUUUCUCUUCCAAAAGGAAAACUAGAAGGAGAUCUUGACGUUGACACAAAGGGAGCUAAAUUUCAAAUGCCUUCACUCAAUAUUAACCUUCCUAAGAUAAAAUCCAAGGAAACAGAUAUUGAUAUAAAGGGAAAUAAAGGAAAGUUUGAAAUGCCAUCACUGGAUGUUUCAGGACCUAAAAUAAAAUCUCCAGAGGUAGAUGUCAAACUCCAGAGUACAGAUGUUGACAUUUCACUUCCAAAACCAAAAGCUGUGGUUGACAUCGAUUAUGAAGGGAAAGAUGGAAAAAUAAAAAUGCCAAAAGUUGACAUUUCAUUGCCAAAAGUAAAUGUUCCUGAGGGUAACAUCACAAUUAAAAAACCUGUACUCAAUAAGAAGAUUGAGCUGCCAGACAUUGACAUUUCACCAACCAAAGGAAAAUUAGAUGUUGAGUUUGAUGGACAUGGUAGUAAAAGUGGAAAGUUCCAAAUGCCGUCUGUUGAUUUCUCUCUACCUAAAUUGAAAGCAAAAAGAGCAGAUGUCAACAUAGAAGGUCCUGAAAUUAUAGAAGGAAGCACAAACAUAACUGAAGUUUCAUUUCCAACAGGAAAAGCUGAAGUAGAUAUCAGUGUUGAGAGCCCUGAUGUGAAAGGUGGAAAACUCAAGAUGCCAAAGUUCAAUGUUUCUCUACCAAAGGUCAGUCUUGAGGGACCAGAUAUAAAAGGAAAAUUUGAAAGUUCAUCUGCUGAUAUUUCACUCCCAAAAGCAAAGAAAGGUGUGGAAAUUGAGGCAGAAACUGGUAAAGGCAGCAAGUUUCAUCUUCCUUCAGUUGACUUUUCUCUUCCUAAAGUCAAAGCAAAGGGUCUUGAUGUGGACAUUCAAGGACCUAGCAUCAAAGGUGAUGUGUCUCUCCCUAAACUUAAGGCUCCAGAGGUAGAUGUCAACCUCAAGGGCCCAGAAAUUGAAGGGCCCAAGAUUGACCUACCUUCUGUUGAUGUUUCACUUCCUAAAGGUACAAUAGAGGGGGACAUCAAUUGGAUGUUUCUCUACCAAAGGUGAAUCUCCCAGAAGGUGAUUUGAAGAUAAAAGGUCCAGACAUCAAGACUGGGAAAAUUAUGAUGCCAGAUGUUGAUUUAUCACUUCCCAAAGGAAAAGUUAAAGGAGAAAUAGAAGCUGAAGGACAUGCUGCUCAAGGAGGCAAAUUCCACAUGCCCUCAAUUGAUAUAAAUCUGCCUAAAAUGAAAGCUAAAGGUCCAAAGGUAGAUGUUGAGGGUCCUCAGAUUGAAGGGCCAAAUGUUAACAUGCCCUCCAUUGACGUUUCACUUCCUAAAGGCACAAUAGAGGGUGACAUCAGUCUUGAAGGCCCUGAUGUGAGCAGUGGAAAAUUCAUGAUGCCAAAGUUUGAUGUUUCUCUACCAAAGGUCAGUCUCCCAAAAGUUGAGGGACCAGACAUAAAAGGAAAAUUUGCAAAGCCAUCUGCUGAUAUUUCACUUCCCAAAGUAAAGGUUGAUGGAGAUUUUGAUGUUGAGGGUCUUGAUGUAAAAGGAGGCAAAUACAAAAUGCCAAAAGUGGCCAUUUCAUUUCCAAAGGUGAACCUGCCUGAAGGGGAUGUCAAAGUGGAAGGGCCAGAAAUUAAAGAAGGUACGAUUAAAGUGCCUGCUGCUGAUAUAUCUUUUCCAGGGGGAAAAGUUGAGGGAGAUAUUAGUAUCGAAGUUCCAUCAGGAAUGGGAAAGUUUGAACAUCCAAAAGCUGAUAAAAAAGGUGGAAAGCUCCAGAUGCCAUCUCUUGACAUAAAUAUGCCUAGAUUUGAUUUAGAUCUCAAUGUUCCUUCAGGUAAAAAAAAUAAAAGAUUUAAAAUGGAUGCCAGUGGCUUUGAUGUGUCCAGAGAUUUGGAGAUGUCUGGCCUCAAAAGUGAUAUCAAAACAGCCAAGUUAAAAGUUAAAGGUCAAGACUUGGACACAGGGGGCAUAGAAGAUUCAGGUGCAUCCCUAAAACUCCCCUCAGUCAAACUGCCAACAGUUGACAUCUCAGCUCCAAAAGUGGAUUUAAAUUUUGUUCUCCCCAAACCUCAAGGUGAUGAGGUGGAACUGGAGCUUUUGAAAGCAGAAGGAGGAAGGCCUUCAUCAGGGAGCAGCUUUGAUAUACCUGAUGUCUCACUCAAAGUCCCAAGUUUCUCCCUGCCCAGAUUUGGUGGAAAGUCAAAGAGUGGUGAUUUGAAAGUAUCAGGACCCAAAGGAGAUGUUUCCCUUAAUCCGCAAAGUGUGGAAGGAGAGAUCAGGGCACCGUCAGUCGAGUUUGAUAGAGAUGGAAAAGUGAAAGUGAAGAAAACAAAAAUGAAAUUUCCUUCAUUUGGAAUUUCUAAAACGAAUGCAGAUGUAUCUGUAUCUUGUCCUGAUGUUGAUGUCAAAAUGAAAUGUGGGAAACCUGACAUUCCUAAGGUAGAUUUCAAUCUUGAGGUCCAAGACGGGAAAGGAAAACAUAAAACGAAGUUCCCCAAAUUCAAAAUGUCAUCACCAAAGGUUCAGCUUACAGAAGGAGAGGUUGAUGCUAAAGUGGAAGCAGAUGCGGAAGGGAAGGCAGGCUUCCAUGUUCCUGAUGUCACUAUUAAACUGCCAAAGUUCUCAGUCCCAGGAUUUGGCUCUAAAGAACAAAAUUUAGGAAAACCAAACCGUGAACUUGAAGUUCAGGCCAAAGGCAAGAUGCCAUCAGUUGAGCUGUCAUUGCCGGCAGCUAAAACACCAGAGACAGAGGUUCUCCUCCCCAAAACAGAAGUUGACGUUUCAGAAGCAGACAUUAAAGGUUACGAAGGAAACCUCAAAAUUCCCAAAGUGGACCUGGAUGUGUCCCUGCCAAAAGGAAAGAAAAUGGAAGGACCUGAUGUGGAGCUUAAAGGAGGUGAAGGAAAAUUCAAAAUGCCAACAAUAGAUGUGUCCCUUCCCAAAGGAAAAUCUAAAGAUCUUCAUGCACCAAGCAUUGACAUAGAGAGCGAUGGAGACAAGUUUAAAAUGCCUUAUGUCAAAAUGCCCACUGUUGAUAUAACAAUACCAAAACACAAGACUGGUCAAAUGAGUUUUCCAGAUGUAGAAGGCAUAGAAGGCAUAGAAGGAAAGGAAGGCAAAUUCAAAAUGCCAACCGUCGACAUAUUUAAGGGACAGACAGGACCAGAUGUUGAAAUUGAAGGUGGGGGAAAGUUAAAGAUGCCUAACAUCAAAAUGCCACACGUUGACUUCAGUCUUCCAAAAAUGAAGACCCCAGAGGUUGAUGCACCUGAGUUCCAGGCGAAGGUUGAACCCGGAGUUGCAAAAACUUCAGUACCUCAUUUUGAGGUGCCUUCAGUUGAUGUUUCACUUCCAAAAGCAAAGGCUGAAGUUAAAAUGGAGGGAGGUGCAGAGCAAAAGUUUAAAAUGCCCGGUGUUGACAUCUUUCUUCCAAAGGGUAAAUUUCAAGACAUGGCAGCAACUGAAAUGCCACAUGUAAAAAUGCCAAAUGUUGAUAUAUCUCUGCCCAAAGGAAAGUUUGAAGGCCCAGAAGUGGAAAUCAAAGGGGAAGGUGGAAAGUUCAGGAUGCCACAUAUCAGCAUGCCUUCUGUUGAUAUUUCACUUCCCAAAGGAAAAGUUGAAGGUCCAAAUCUUAACAUAGAGGGAAGUUCUGGAGAGAAAUUCAAAUUACCUCAAUGGAAAAUGCCAGAUGUUGAUGUUUCUCUGCCCAAAGGACACAUAGAAGGUCCAGAGAUGGAGAUCAAGGGGGAAGGUGGCAAAUUUAAGAUGCCCUCUGUUGAUAUUUCACUUCCCAAAGGAAAAGUUGAAGGUCCAAAUCUUAACAUAGAGGGAAGUUCUGGAGAGAAAUUCAAAUUACCUCAAUGGAAAAUGCCAGAUGUUGAUGUUUCUCUGCCCAAAGGACACAUAGAAGGUCCAGAGAUGGAGAUCAAGGGGGAAGGUGGCAAAUUUAAGAUGCCCUCUGUUGAUAUUUCACUUCCCAAAGGAAAAGUGGAAGGUCUUGAUGUUGAUGUCAAAAUACCGUACAUGAAAAUACCAUCAGCUGGUGUAUCAAUACCAAAAGGGGAAUUUGAUGAUCUAGAUGCUGAAAUGAAAGGAAACGUGGGAGGAAAGUUCAAGCUGCCUCAUGUGAAAAUGCCAAAUGUUGAAUUCUCUGUGCCUAAAGGAAAAGACAGUCUAGAAGUGGACAUUAAAGGUCAGGGUGGUCAUUUUAAGAUGCCACACAUCAGUAUGCCUUCUGUUGAUAUUUCAUUACCUAAAGGAAAUUUUGAAAGCCCAGAGGUUGAGCUUGAGGGAGAUGCAGAAGGGAGGAUAAAGAUGCCAAAUGUUGACAUCUCUCUACCCAAAGAAAAAUCUGGAAAAAUAAAAGGAACGGUUGAGGGAGAGGGAAACCUAUCAAACGUUUCCUCAGUAGGCAUUUCACUACCGAAAGUUAAAACUGAAGGUCCCAAUCUUGAAAUUAAGGGUGAAGGAGGGAAGUUCAAGAUGCCAAAAGUUGAUAUAUCUCUUCCUAAAGGUAAAGGUAGAGAUAAUGAAGUACCUGCUAUGGAAAUGGAACUCACAGGUCCAGAUGUUGAACAUCUAAAGGGAAACAUUUUAUUGCAAAAAGAGAAAUCACCUGGGAUAAAAUUACCAACAGGGAAAGCAGAGGCUCAUAAAUUAGAUGAUAUGCAUGUUGAGGGUGAACACAAAGGUUUAAAACUCAAAGGGCCAACAACUGAUAUAAAAGGUCCACAAGGAGACUUGGAGCUCCAUGCCGGAUUGCACAGAGGAGAAGGGAAGAAAGACAAGACAAAAGUUGAUUUACCCGAUUUGGAUCUGAACACAGCAGGAACCAAAGUUAAGGAGCCCAAAGUCAAAGGAAAAAGGUUCAAGAUUGGAUUACCAAAAAGGAAAACUGGUGGAGACGUAACAGUAGACGUAAAGUCGACCGGUGAAAGAAAGGUCCAACACAACGAGCAGUCAGACGACAAAAAUCCGAUUAAUAUUCCAGAAGCAAAUGUUACGUUACCAAGUGUUUGUCUAAAAACAGAAAUAGGAGGAGAUAAGGCUAACUCAUCUUUCAGUAAGGAAAUCAAAAUUCCCAGGAUAACAGACAUUGAGUUUGAUAUUGGUGCAUCACAAGAUGAAGAUGAUGACAGAACAGAAACGGACAAGAAAGUCAAGAUCCCUAAAUUUGGUGUUCCAUUACCCUCCCUCACUUCUCCUGAAAGAGAGAUGAACAUCCAUGGACCAGAAGUGCAAUACGAGGGUCCUAAGAUACCCAAAGUAAAGAAAGCUGUUUUUGUCCUGGUAAAGCCUAACGAUACUGAUGAAUCAGCUGUGAGUAUCCCAAAAUCUGAGACAACAGCUGAAAUGACAACAGAGGAGGUCAGGGGGAAGAUGCCCAAAAUCAAAAUCAAGUCAAACUUUGGGAAAUCUAAAGAUAAAACAGUAGAACUCGGUGUAGAAAGGGAAGAAGAGGAAGAGGAAACAUCAAAAGGGGAGAAAUUUAAAAUGCCCAAGGUUUCAUUUUCUUCUGGCAAAUCCGGAUCAUUUGACGUCGCAAUAAAGGAAGAGAGUUCAAGCAUCGAUGUAGAAAAAGAUACAAUUCCUCACCAAAGCCCCAAGGAUGAUAAAGGGACGUUCAGUGGAAAAAUCAAGUUUCCAAAAGUGGAAUUCACCAGUCCAUAUGGCAAAAUGUCUUCAGGAGGGGAGAAAACAGAAACAAGAGGUAAAAUGGGAAAAGAUUCAUCGCCCAGAGAAGUGAGGGGAGAUAGCAGACAAUCAGGUGAAAUGGCCUUUUUGAGCGAUACACCGGAGACUUCGACACACGUGGUGUCGUCUCACGCCAGAACAGACAUGUUGGACAGGGACAGCUCCGAGUCUCCUGUUGAGUUCAGCUCAACAAAAACACAGAUGUGGAGGGAGGUGGAUAGCAGAGGCAAGGAGGCUGAAGAAAAGGAGUCUUCCUCCUGGUUCAAGGUACCGAAGAUCACACUGAAGCCCCACACCUCUGGUUUUCUUCAGAUAACCCCAGAGGGUUCUCCUCAGGCACAGCGGAGGGGGGAGGUGGGAGGCGAGGCCGACGUCUCGGGGUCUUUCUUCCUCCACACAUCGGGGCUCGAUUUCACCUCGCAGCAGACGUCUGAAGAAGUCUCCUCCAUGGAGGCUGGAACCCACACCACGGUGAUCCAGACCACCCGGAUCACUCGGCAUCUGGUGACGAGCGAAACACAAACAGGCGUGUCAACAACAACAAAAACAACAACAAGUCACCAAGUGACAGACUUUUAACUCCUGAGGAUGCUGUACUGCUAUCUGAAAAACAAAAUCUUGUAAUUUCUUUGUUGUGUUUUUUUAAAUCUGGUGAGGUUGCAGUGUUCUUGUACACAUCUGUUAAAAAAAAGUCUAUAUUUUAUAUUUUUAUUAGUUUAGGUAUGAUUGUGAGAACUUUUGAUUAAUCGGCAUUACUGUCAGAGUAAUAUAUACUGUACUUCCUUUUUUCACUUAGUUGUUUUGUUAGUUUAGUCCACAUUAUUUAUGCAGUUUUGUUUGGUUUUGAGAAUUCCACUCUGAAUAUAAACCUGUCCGGUUUUGGAUUAUUUAUUGCUGUUUGUGCACAAACCCUUAUUCUACAGAGCUGGGAUGUUGUUUCAAAUGUAAAUAAAAACAGAAUGCAAUGAUUUGAAAA